GUUCAAUUGGUCUUCCACUCCAAAACAUCCCCAAACAAUUCUCUCCUUCAGCAAUUCCUGGCCUCAUUUUAAUCUCGCAAUUUAGCUCUGGACACCUUCUCCCAUCCGCUAUCCAAAUACCCCACCAGAGCCACCAAAACAACCAAAGCAACAAAACUAUCACCACCACCACCAUGCCUGAACACGAAGACGAUCUCACUGCCACCAAGACCGAGGGUUUCAAGGUCGGUGAGAAGAAGACCAUCGACGAAUAUGCCCAGCUUGAUAAGGAUGACGAGGCCUUGAACAGGUGGAAGGCCUCGCUCGGCCUCAACUCCGGCACCCCGAUCGGCGACCCCAGUGAUCCCCGCAAGUGCAUCAUCAAGUCCCUGGCCCUGGAGGUUGAGGGCCGUUCCGACGUGGUGAUCGACCUGUCCGCCCCCGGCGCGCUGGAAGGGCUCAAGGACCAGCCUUUCAAGAUCAAGGAGGGCUCCACUUUCCACAUCAAGGUCGUCUUCCAGGUGCACCACGAGGUGCUCAGCGGCCUCAAGUACCUGCAGGUCGUCAAGCGCAAGGGUGUCCGGGUCAGCAAGGACGAGGAGAUGCUGGGAAGCUACGCCCCUAACACCACCGACAAGCAGGUCUACGAGAAGAAGUUCGCCGCCGAAGAAGCCCCCUCGGGAUUGCUGUACCGUGGCCACUACAACGCCAUCUCCAAGUUCAUCGACGACGACGACCACACUCACCUCCAGUUCGAGUGGUCCUUUGACAUCGCCAAGGACUGGUAGAUCAUUUUCUUCUUGUUUUCCUUUCUCUUGUCUGUGUCCAUUUUUUCCCCCUUUUCCUAUGAAACCACGAUCAAGAUCCACCCCCAUCUUUUGUUUUAUGCCAUGGGGAGGCAGCAUAACUAUUUCUUGCCAGUAUUUACAAGCGUUGGGACGCAUUUAUUCACACAUCAUCUGAGUGAAAUCUACUCGAUUUUCCUAUUUAUACUCUACUUUUCUGCUAAACCUCUCUUGUCUGUCUGAUGCGAGGUUCCUGGGAGAUUGGGAUUAGUGGACUAUACUAUACUAUAUACUAUAUAUACAUGAGCUACAUUAUGAACCUUGGUAAGAAUGUGGAAAUCCUAUGGCCCCGGUCUCCGUCUCGCCCCAUUUACCU